AUGUCGUUCUUUCAGGGACUUGUGUUAUUAGUAUUUUGUUGCUUAGGACAUAGACAUCCUGAUUUAGUCAAAGAUGAGAUUACUAACUGGAUUCAUAAUUACAAUCUUAUUUAUGCUCAGAGUUAUUUAGAGGAUGUACAAGCUGAUCCAGAUAAAUAUAUUUCACUUGGAAUUAGUUUCUCAAGCAUUUACAUGAUUGUGUGCGUUGUGUAUAUCUAUGGGGCUUAUACGUGUAACAACAUGUUGAUGGUAUUUUAUAUACUUAUGGAGUUGCUGCGACUCAUUAUAAUUUCCGUCUUAAUUGCAACUGUAUUGCUUUUAAUCAAACAAAACAAUAUGGACAUUGGUAUGCUAAUAGGAGCGAGCGUUGCUGGUGGAUUCCUACUUUUGGGAAUGUUUUACCUAUGGAUAUGUGCUGCCAAUUUACCUAUCGUCAUAAAUGAGAUGGAACGUGACGAGCAAGCUGCUGUAAUCAACAAACUGCAGCAACUGCUAGAAGCCAACAAUCCUAGAGUAAUACCGCGCGGUAUAGAUAGCAUCCCGUUCGCAGCGCCGCCUGAAGAUAUCGUCAACAGAAACAUAUUUAUUGUACCUAGGCAAAAAGACAUGAAGAUCAAUAACAGAAUGAUUGCAGGGCCAACAGUCACAAAAUCUUAUGUCUAUAAUUUCAAGUGAAUUGUUAACACGAUUUAGGUUUAAUGUUUUUAACUAAGUAACUAUCUGUCUAUCUUAACUCUUCAUAAUGAACAAAAUAACCACUUAGUUACUUAUCUGCAACAUUAUUUAUCGGCACCCAAUUCUAAGUAACCGGUUGAUGAGGCAUGCGCUAUCUGUUUACCAAUUGACUAUUGAGUUCAAUAGUACAUUUGUGGUACACAAACAAUAGUGUGAUCCUGAUCCUACCUACUUACUUCGGAUCCUAGAAAAUAAACACAUUUUGACUGCACAUAAGUAGGAAUAAAAUAUAGGCAUGAUGUAGGUAGUAGGUAUAGAUAGGUACUAGGUAUUGAUUUUUCCAGGCAGUUGGCAUUGGGUAAUAAUUAAUGAGCCCGAUCAGCCAGUGACUGUCACAGUCGUACAAUACAAUGUAAUAGCGUAGCGUAGGUACUUAUAUACGUUGGAGUCCUAUGACCUAUUUACAAAUGUACAUGUAGGUAUAUGGUAGUUGGUAUGUAGAUAAGUCUAUACAUUGAAA